AAACGAUCCAGCAGGUUUGAUUUGAUCCAUUGCAUGUCGACUUCUCGAUCCACGAUUGCUCUGGCGUGCACCUCGACCGCUUGACUUUGCUUUCGCCCCUUAGGGAGUGGACACUUGAACGCAGGGUUACUACUCAAGCACCCAGCACUUGACUUGCCGCUCUUGACCAUCAUCGACAUCCUUGCUACAGGUCGAUCCAGCACCACCACCACCACAACCAUCGACAGUCGGCCGACCACAAAUCGCCGCCCACGCCGCGCGCCAUCGGUCCACUCAAGUUGGAAAAAGUAUCGCCUAAUCAAACUUACACCUUAUCGACGAUCUUCUCCUGUCGUCCAACGACCCACGCCCCGACCUCGUCCAGCAAAGCCUCAUUCCAAUUACCGUUGCAUAACGCAUCGCUGCCUCUAAGAGCUCAAGCACAUCCCUCCCCGGCUACUCUUUCUCAUCCACAGUAUCAAACGAUGGCAGCGACAGCAGCCUGGCCCGCUCCUCGUGGGGGUCCAUCGCGUAUGAUGCCGGGAGGAUUUGAGAGUCGGCACGCUCCUGGGAGCGUUCGGGACGCGAUGCAGCCACGCACAGUCCGACCCGAACAAGCCCCACGCUCUUGUAGAGCUCAAGCGCCAACCGGAGGUGGACCUGCACCGCUUGAGGACCUUCCCGAUGAAUUGGCAGAUGGCCUCUCGCCCAGCAAGAAGAAGAAGAAGAAGGCAGCAGAGAAGAAGAGAACCAAGACUCAGAUGCCCGAAUUCCCCGAGGAAGUGAUGGAUGAAACGGGCGCUUUUUGGAAAUCUGGCAGGGUGCUUGGUCAGGGAGGUUUUGCUAGGGUGUACGACAUGUCGGAUGCUCAUGGCGCACGCAGAGCAUUCAAAGGAAUCAGCAAACUCGCCUUGAUCGAGAGCAAGAAGAACAAGGCUAAGCUGUUAGCAGAGAUCAUGAUCCACCGAUCUCUGGAUCACCCAAACAUCGUGCGCUUCGAAGAAGCGUUUGAAGAUGACAACAACGUGUACUUUAGGCUGGAGCUCUGCAAGAAUGGGAGCAUGAACGACAUUCUCAAACGUCGCGGCGCAUACACUGAACCAGAGACGCGAUUCUUCAUGAUUCAGAUCCUUGCCGGGGUACAGUACAUGCACAUCAACUCGGUGAUCCAUCGAGAUCUCAAGCUCGGCAAUAUCUUCCUGGAUGAGGGGAUGAACGUCAAGAUUGGUGAUUUUGGAUUGGCUGCUCUGCUCAAGUACAGGGGCGAGCGCAAAAAGACAAUGUGCGGCACACCGAAUUACAUUGCACCUGAGAUCAUCGAGGAUCCUCACUCCGAAGGACACAGCUUCGAGGUCGACGUAUGGUCUGUUGGUGUGAUUCUCUACACUUUGCUCGUCGGAAAGCCUCCUUUUCAGACCAACGAUGUCAACGGCAUCUACGACAAUAUCAGGACGAGCAACUAUCAGAUCCCCAGCGACGCGAGGAUUAGCCAAGAGGCGUGCGACCUCAUAACCCUUAUCCUGGCGCGUAACCCCGCCGACCGCCCAUCCCUUAUUCAAAUCAUGAAUCAUCCGUGGUUCCAAGUAGGAGCGGUGCCUAUCGGCGUUCCCCAAAGCACCGCGAUGGGCAUUCCAAGCGACAUCAUCCUGCCUCGGACGGUGGCAGAAUCCCGCCAAAACUUUGAGCGUCUCAAGGCUGCUGCUCGCUUCCGCGACGAUGCGGACGACCCAGUGGACGAAGAUGCCGACAUGGUAGACGAGAAUGGUCAGGCCAGCGUCAGACGUACUGCCAGGGAGGAGAGGCGAGAACAGGAACGCGUCGAGGAAGAGCGAGACAAGCUUAACAGGAGAAUCAAUCAAGCUGUGCAGCCUGGCAGCCCCAUCGCCUCCUUACUCAAAGCUGGGCGACAACCACUGGUCAGGGUUGGUGGAGCUGGGGCCUCGGCGAAUGCGGCCGUUCGCACUGGCGUUUCUAGCCUUGCCAAGCAACUCAGCCAGCUUAACGUCAAAGCCCAACAUGGCCACGGCACAGCUGCUCCCAAUGGAGACAAGAUCAGUGCUUCAACUCGGGCUCGAACGGUCGACAAAGAGAACGCAGGACCUGGCAGCGGCAUGCCACCUCCACAGUUACCUCGCUCGCGUCAAGGACACGAUGGUGAAGCACUCGAUGUGGACGAGAGGCGUUUGCUGGGUCAAAAGGCCCGGCUCGUGGCGAGCAUGACGGCAGCCGCUGGCAGCGCUGUGAGCGCCGCGAGUGCAGAGUCGGCGAAUCGUAGAGCUCGUGCUGGCGAUAUCGACAGAGCAUACGAGCAGCACCUUCAAGCUGUGCAGCAGCCGGGCAAGAAGCUGUCUUCAUACGAGGCCACUGUCAAAAAUCUCGGCGACGCGCUCCGCUGUUUGGACGACGACUUGCCAUUUGAGGCUGUCGACUCGGCGGGCGACCCCAUCGAGGUUUCUCUGUACGAGGACCAUGCGGAUCCGCAAGGACUCAAGCGUCCAAUCUUGCGACACGCCUUUGUGCUUUGCUGGCUGGACAACAUGGACCGCUUCGGCCUUGGAUACGGCCUGUCGGAUGGGUCAUUGGGCGCAUACUUCAGAGAUGGCUCGUCAAUGGUGUACAACAACAAUCGCACAUACUGCGAUUUCAACUACCCGGUUCGCACACGUCCUACGAGUUCUGCCAGCAACGCCGCCGACGAAGGAAGGGCUGGCCCUCGCGAGCUCAGAAGAGAGUCAUUACCAUUACCUGAACAGCCUGCGAGGGACACCACUCAAUCUGACUCGGUCAGGACGCGUUGGCGCAUCAUGGCGCACUUCGAGUCGGAAAUUCACGAGCGUCUGCUCGGAAUGGACCACCCUUUGCUCCAUCCCGAUGUGGAAGCCGAGAGCGGCAUGCCUUUCGUACACAAGUGGGACAGAGCCACCAACGCCGUCGUCUUCCGACUCAGCAACGGCAUCAUCCAAUUCAACUUCUUCGACCACAUCAAGGUCUUCCUCUCCAACGAAGGCUCCGUCGUCUCGGCCAUCGAUGUUGUGCGUGCCGAUGGAGGCCCAAGCAUGCGAAGCUGGCUUCUCUCGGAUCUGAUCGCCAUUGCGCACAACGAUCGAUCGGCAAGAGAAGCCGAGGAUGAAGAGAGGGUUCAGAAUGAAGGAGCCGAACCAACUCUGGCUCGCACAAAGCCAGCAGAUAGGAGGUUCGCUAGAACCUUGAUUCGCAAGUUGAAGUACAUGCAUGGAAUUUUGGCUCCUAAAGCUGCGCCGUCUGCUAGAACAAUCAAGCCUCCCGUCGCUGGCACACAAUCCGCUGGUGUUGCCGGUGCCUCGGCUGCGAGCGGCGCGAUACGGACCAAUGCUCUGACUCGCACUGCAAGCACUGCAAGCGUUGCUAGCUCCGCCACCAGUAGUCACAUCACUGGUGCCUGAGCAAGCGGUUCCACGCGGCACCACAUCAUCCUAAUCUAUUCGGCAGAUCUCGAGCCCACUACAGCAUUGCUCCUUUUCUCGCUCGUCUCCUCCACAACUAUUCAAUUCGUUUCCACAAAGCUUGCUCUCGAAAGUUUUUUGCUUCUCUCCAUCUGCCGAUGUGAUUCUUCCAUCUCUCCCUGCCUCCACAGAUAUCGACACAAAGCUCCGGCAUGACGACGCAGCCCCGUGCUAGCUGGUCGAUCACAGGCUCGCGCUUCGCGCAAUUUCUGCACCCUGAACCAACUCCCAGAAUCAGAAUCAAACGACUCCACAAUCAAGCACAAGACGACUCUCACCACCAGAACUCUAGAUGGAUCUUUCACAGACCUCCUUUUUCUGACGAAAGAAGAGCCCUUCUGCAAUUGCAAUUUCCAUAUGAUCUUAAAGCGGCUGUCUU